AUGGACUUCGACUUCAGCAAGAUCAUCGGCCUCGAUGAGGUCGCGCAAUUCACCGCCAGACACGAGCUUCAGAAGCGGCUCGAUCCGGCGCAAGCCUGGAAGUCCCAAGCGUACAAGGACAAAGUCGUGAUCAUCACCGGAGGCGCGACCGGCGUAGGCGCAGGCAUCGCCACGACUUAUGCCCGUGCCGGAGCGAAUCUCGUACUCGUCGGGCGCAGGAAGGCGAAGCUUGAGGAGAAGAAGGCCGAGAUCACCAAGGAGCUUCCCAACGCGCGCAUCGAGCUCGUUGAUGGCGACAUCUCGCAGCCUGAUGUGCCCAAGCGCGCCGUCGAGGCCGCCGUCAAGGCCUUCGGACGCGUCGAUAUCGCCAUUGCCAAUGCUGGCACGGGUACCCCGCCUCUUUACCGUAUCGGCGAUAGCAACCCUCUCGUGUGGCGUGCCGCUGUGGAGACGAAUAUCUUCGGGACGUACGGUCUCGUCAACGCCGCGCUUCCUGAACUUGUGAAGACUACCGGGCAGAUCAUCGUUACAGGCUCUUCGGGCGCUUUUCUCCGUUUUCCUCUCGGAUCUGACUAUCUUGUCAGCAAGCACGCCCUCAACAGGCUCGUUGAACUCCUGGCCGUCGAGUACCCCGACAUCAAAUCCUACAUCGUACAGCCCGGGGAGAUCGUCACAGAGCAGUCGCUCAAGGCCGAGGAAGCCUCGGGUAUGAAGUUCCCGCGCCAAGAUACGGCCGAGAACGCCGGGGCGUUCUACUUGUGGCUCACAUCUCGCAAUGCCGAGUUCCUCAGUGGCAGAUACGUGGACGCUACUUGGGACGUCGAAGAGCUGUUGGCGAAGAAGGAUGAGAUCGUGCGGGACAACUUGUUGGUGGCGAAGCUCGCUGGACCAGCUCGCAAAUGA